CAGGAAGGAGCUGCUUUGAUGAGCCCAGCAGAGGGCAUUUGAGCCGAGCUGCAGCUAAAAAUAGGACCAAUGACUUCCUGUGACACCCAGAAUGCUUUUCAGCAACUCCCAGACAAUGUCUGUGAUGAUCUGAUGAUGGAUGUCUUCCUGUAUGAGCCCUGCUCUUUUCCAGCCAUCAGCAAUCAGUGGAUGAUUAACAACUAAGACAGUCAGCUUGCUGCCGGGUGCCUGGUGGACUGUACCACACUAUGAAUCUCCCCCUACCCUCACCCUUGCAGUGGGCCGCUCCCCCUUCUUCACCGCUCGCUUUGGUGGAAGCGAAGCCCAAACAGAACAUCAUGGCGAUUGAUGGUGGCGAGCGUAACUGUGGAGUACAUGAGCUGAUCUGCGUCAGAAAAGUCUCUCCAGAGGUGCUGGGGUUUCUGACAGCCAUCGGACUCUUCAUCAUCCUCAUGACCCUCCUGUUCUGGUACCUGAACAACAAGUUGGCACUAGAGAACCCAGGGAGCCUUCAGUGCCUUGAUGACUUCAGGAAAAAAGCCGAGUUGCAAGACAAGACCUACUCUGACGGCGACUUGCAGGGCUCGUCAUCGGACAGCGAGGAUGAACUGAUGGGUCAGUAUCAGGAAGCGGUCAGCCGCUCCCAAGGCCUCCGGGGAGGAGCCAAGGCAGCCGCUAAUACCAAACACGCAGGAGGUUUCAGCUGGGAGAGCCGGCAGAAGUACAGCCCUCUGACUGCCGAGUAUAACGGCUACAGCAGUGAAGCCUCGGCUGACGACGCCAACUGCAUCCAGAGGAUGAGACGAACGCCACCGCUGGAUGAGCUUCAGCCACCUCCUUAUCAGGAUGAGAACGGCUCUCCAAGGAUGUCCUGUACGCUGUCUGACCUGGGAGACGCCAAGUGUGACCUGUCCUAUACCAGCGGCAGUCCCCACCUGUCCUUUGGCAAAUGCCCCAGUGAGUGCAGCGACGGCCCUGAGACUGAGAGUUACCUCAACAAGGGCUACGAGGAGGAUGUACCGAGUGACAGUACAGCUGUCCUCAGCCCAGAGGACAUGUCAGCCCGUGGAUCCUCAGCUCAGCUCCCUAAAGGUUAUGAACCAGAUCCAGUUGCAAAAUAUGGCACUCUGGACGUGGUGUUUGACUACGACUCAGAGGAUCAGCAACUGGCAGUCACCAUCACGGCAGUAUCGGAUCUUCCCGCCCUAAAACGCACAGGCAACAUCUCCUGGCAGGUCCAUCUGGUGCUGCUGCCCACCAAGAAGCAGAGAGCCAAGACAGGAAUCCAGAGGGGUCCGUGCCCAAUCUUCACCGAGACCUUCCGCUUCAGCCACGUGGAGUCAGAGAUGAUCAGCAAUUACGCCAUCCGAUUGCGCCUUUAUAGCAUGCGGCGGAUGAAGAAGGAGAAGGUGCUCGGGGAAAAGGUGUUCUACCUCACCAAGCUCAACCUUCAGGGCAAAAUGUCUGUGCCGGUCAUAUUAGACCCAUGCUGUGCUCUCCCGGGUGGUGAAUCCCAAGUCAGCCUCUCAGAUAUGACAUGCAGUGAAAGCGCCUCAUCAUUCCAGUCAGUCAGUCAGAUUUCCACACCAGAGAUCCUCGUGGGCCUGGUGUACAACGCCACGACAGGACGUCUCUCUGUGGAGAUCAUCAAAGGCAUCCAUUUUAAAAACCUGUCUGCCAACAAGCCACCCAAUACAUAUGUUAAGCUGACCUUACUGAACUCCAUGGGCCACGAGAUGUCCAAGUGUAAGACAUCCAUCUGUCGAGGUCAACCCAACCCAACCUACAAAGAGACGUUUGUCUUCCAGGUAGCACUUUUCCAGCUAUCGGACGUCACGCUUAUCCUGUCCGUCUACAACAAGCGCAGCAUGAAGCGUAAGGAGAUGAUUGGCUGGAUUUCGCUCGGCCUCAACAGCUCUGGAGAGGAGGAGCUCACCCACUGGACUCAGAUGAAAGAGUCUAAAGGACAGCAGGUUUGCCGCUGGCACAGUUUGUUGGAGUCCUAACAGCAAGAGAACAGUAAGUGAAGAGAGUGCGUGAGGAUAAUUGCACAGAGCAGUUGUCAUCCCAGACGGGCGAGAAAUGGAGUUCAGCUGGGUUAGAGGCAUGUGACAGACGUCCAGGGAACCAGGGUCAGUGGGGGUGAAGGAAAAGACAGAACAGCACGUGUCUGCACUCAGAAUUGUUUUCAGCUUGGCACAGCAUAUUAAGCAUUUUUAUGGCACUGUUUGUAAAAUCACCAUUGAUUAGUCGUAUGGCUAGUAAUGGGAUGUCAUUUAUUUUCAUGGAUUGCCUUGUAAUGACCUUUACGUUUCUGUAGAUGGCACUGUUUUUGUCUGUUGAGCUGGGACCUGUUCCAAGAAACAGGUUCUGGGCAACGUUGUUGAGUAAAUUAUUGUCUGAUAAUUUUGCGCCACACCUCCAGCUCAAACAACUGACAUCAGGAUGAUUCUAAAUCUUAUCCGAAAGGUUUACAACACGAAACAUGGCCCCUCUCUUUUUCUGCCUGUAUACCACAAGUUUGUGUCAUGUAUUUAAGGGUUGACCAAAAAUAGUUCACAAUUUAGAAGCCUGCAGAACAUGGAUGUGCAUGGCCACUUUUCAAAUCAGUAGUAGGUAGUUAUUUUCAAAUUUGUCAGUUUCUUAUAGGGACAAUUUUACUACAGUUUGGUGAACACAAAAUAUGCUACUGAAGUUAGAACAGUUUUGUUUAUUUUACAUGAGAGAUUUUUAUAUUUGUGUUCUUGCUCCUUGUUUUUUCCUCACUGGUUUGAAGUGGGCGUGGCUUAGUUGGAAAAUGGUGAUGAUGUCAUGUAUUACCAUGCACCAGUCAGAGAAGCAGGCAACAUUUGAAUCAAAAUCAUUUGUGGGAGUGUUUGCUAAAUAUUAAAUUAAUAUUAAUUAAAAAUGAUUUAUUUUUCCAAGCGUUAACUUGCUAUAUUGAAUAUUCAAUGUUAUAGAGAAGUGCUUUAAAAACCAAGUUGUCAGGGGUUUUAAGCCAUUUUUAUGGCACGAGAAACCACAAUUUGCCUUUUUUUACCCUAGCUAUUGUAGCAACUUUCUUGCUACAUGAGUAAACAGGGCAGCACCAGUGCCAUGCUCUGCCUGGGAGAAAACACCACCACCAGUGUACUUUUCUACUUAGCUCUUGAGUUUGAAUUUCUCCAGAUGUCUGUUGUUUAAGCCAGAGGUGUGGCUACAUGAAGACGCUACCAUCACUGCUCAUGUUUGCUCAAACAUAAACCGCACCACUUCUUCCAUGUAGGGAAGACGUUAGAGUUUCAUGAAUUUAAUAUGGAUACAAUUUAGGUUAAAUCACCAUGUUGUUGAUGAAUGUUGCUGAUUAUUACUUUGCCAAAGCUUAAUUUGCCACAUCCCAAUGUGUCUACUGCAAAUUUAUUGCAAUUACUUGUUGCAUUCAAAUGUGCAGGACUCUGGGAAUGGAGGCAUGUUGAAAGAUAUUUUGAAGGCCAAGGAAGUGGUGGCCAUUUUGGAUCGGUUUCCAGAGAACUUAUAAAGAAUUGAUUUGGAGACUCGAGUUGAAUUACACUUUUUAUGAAUCUCAGUCGACACUGCCGAGGCUAAACCCCUCACCAUUGUUUGAGCCUCAACUUAAGUACAUAUAUAAAACAUCAGCUAAAUCAUUUUAGACAGGCAAAUGUCAGGCAAAUAAAAUUCUUGACAUAUAACCUGACAGUGGAAGUGUCAUGGUUGAUGUUGAGAUGAAGUUCAGUAGUGAUCUCUGAGAAGAAUUAAGCAUUUCACAUUGUUAGAUAUUUUUCUUGAAAACACCAGUUUGCGGAAGCAAUGACAGACUGAGAUAUGUUAUAUAUAGAAAUGUGUAGUAGUUUCUGUGGUGGUUGUGUGAUCUUGAGUUUCCAUGCACUAUCGAAAAGUCACACAGAAUGUCAAAAGCAUAUUCAAAGACAUUUUAAGACACUUUUUUUUAUAGGUACCAAAUAACUUGGUCACAUAUCACAGCAGUGAAGCUAACAUGUGAAAAGAUAAUAUACCCGUUAAUCUCUUUUACCCGCUCUGGUGCUAAUAAGUGCUGUGGCUGCACGCACGGAAUCCCUUGCCUUAUGGUUUAGUCAGUUCAUAAAUUACUGUAAGUGGACCCAGUACAAGAACAGACACAGAUACACCCUCAGAGCACACAGACCAUAAUUACAGGAAGCACACGCACAGCACUAUUCAACCUCACUAAAGGGAAUUGAACUGUUUUCAUAGGAGCCUCAGUGUGCAUUGACAAACUUGCAGAAUGUUUAAAUGCGAAUGGGUUGUAUGUUUAGCUGUGGACACUUUCUCACUUCAUUUCAUUUACAGACAACAGAAAAUACAUAUUCUCUUUACUGUGCCUGUGGUUGUGGUGAAAGCUAGCUUUGUGCAGUAUUUACCAAGUGGAUGUGUUGUGUGUGUGUGGUUGUGUGUGUUGACUGGAAAGGUACAGUGGGGGGGCUGUGAUAGUUGUUGUAUUUUCUCGUUGGUUGUGACAAUUUCUGAAUUUAUUUACCCGUAUUUAGAACGCAGUAACACACUUCUUGAAUGUCUGCCAUAUACUUUAUAUACAGUAAAUGUGUUGUUAUCUAUUUUUGUAUCAAUAAUGGGGAGGAAAUUGUGUUCAGACAGUUAAAUAGCGAAACACAUAUUAACCCACCCUGUGAGCAAUACUAUUCUGGAUUGCUGUUGUUUAUUCUGUUCAUUUAUUUGAUGUUUUAGCGGCGUUAUGUCUUAGUAGCCCUGGUCCUCUUUUCAUCCCCUUCUCUAAAACCAGAAAGGGAUGUGACGAAAACCAGCAGAGCUCAUCUUAAAAUCAAUCUGUCAAGACCUUUGAUGCUUUUUAACAGUGUGAAACAGAAGCACAGCCUUUACAGCACAACAGUCAAACACACCGUGUAAAAGCUUGGCAGUAGCUCAUUUGUACAUGUAGAGAUACAUCAUAUGAUUGGAAUCCAAAUUUCGCCAAAAGUAAAAAAAAAAUUAAAAAUUAAAAAAAUCCACUACGAUCAGGCUGGAUCAUUUGAUUUGGCUUUAGUAAAUUCAUUCUUAUGUCUUGCAUUUAACUGCCAGCAGAAAAAGGGGAGUGAUCUUGUUAAAUCAACAGAAGGUGUGUAGGAAUAUAAAUAGAGUGAUCUUUCACACUGUUAGUGGGUGUCUGAUGCUCCAUAGUCAAGCCUAUUAUCGGUUAAGAAGUCGAUUCCUGUGCGUCCUGGAAUGAUGCACAAUGGUGACAAAAAGGUUCUUCAACAACUCUUCACAGAAAAAUUGUAAAAUUUAAAUACAGACUCAUACUUUCUUUACAGCACCACAUAUCCUAUUGACAUGCCACUUUUUUUUUUGAAUGUUAAGAUCGGGUCUUGCUACAAAACUACGGAAGCAAAAAUAGGCCAAAAGGAUUUUAAUCUUGCAAGCAACUGAAUAUGUAGAUAUGAGAUUUAAAUAAUAAUAAAUCCCCCUCUUAAAAAAAAAAAAAAGAAAUAGAAUGCACACUUGAUUUUAAAUGUGUUUAAGGGUAUGCAAAUUCAGAUGGAAAAUUGCACCCAAAAUUAAAGAAAAACUACAUUCAGGUAAUUUUCAGAUCUAAAAUUUCAGUUGAGUUCAGUUGAGUAAAAAAAACCAUCAGGGUGCUAAAACUGGAUAGUGGAAAUUCAGAAACAGUUUUGAAAUUCAAACCACAUACAUUGAGAUAUAUGGUUUUUAAAGUUAAUAAUGCUAUUAAUAAAGUAGUAUUUAAAAUUCUACGUUAAGUAUUAAGUAGUAGUUAUUUUUCACAAUAAGGUACUCAGCUGCAUUUAAAACACGUUUUAUGGCCAUUCUUUGCUCCUGUAUAAACCAACACAAAGGCCGGGUGGAACAAUUUUCUAUAGCUCUUUGUUCUGCUAAUCUUUCACAAGAUGUGUUCCACUAAUAAGGUUUUCAAAACAAUACGGCUAUGCUUUGCAGUACAGUUUCUUGUGCUUUGAUUUCCUUGACACAUUUCCAAAAAUCCCCUGUUUAAAUGCUGGUUUUAAUUUGUGUUUUUUUUUUUCUUCUUUCUUUUAGUUUGGAAACUACCUAUGCCACAGAUGGCAUUGGUGCCUUACUGUUUGUCACUCAGCAACCUUGUGUCACAGUGUCUUAAUGUACUUGUACAUGUACUUUUCUUCUGUACUUCAGGCUGAGUUUGAUUUGUAAAAUGUCUUACAAAUUGAUUUAUGAUAGACAGAAUUUGUAUGUGAUAUUGUUUAAAAAAAGAAAGGACA